GACAAACAUACCAUCCUGUCGUUAACUAUUCCAAAAGGUCAAAAACGAGAGUAAUCGGUUUUUCAAGAGUGUUUUUUCGCGUUGAGGGUUCAGAGGAAGGGUCAGACUAUCCCUUGGGUCAUCAAACUACCCCUGGAAACGCCCACAACGCCCACGAAAGUCCUGUCAAAUACGUGUUUUUUGCGUUGAGGGUACCGAAGAAGGGUCAGUCUACCACCAGGGUCAUUGAACUACCCCUGGAAACGCCCACAACGCCCAUGAAAGCCUUGCCAAAAGUGAGUUUACAGAAGUAGGGUCAGACUUCCACCAGGGCCAUAAAACUACCCCUGGAAACGCCCACAACGCCCACGAAAGCCCUGUCAAAUACGUGUUUUUAGGUUCGCGGUACAGAGGAAGGGUCAGUCUACCACCAGGGUCAUUGAACUACCCCUGGAAACGCCCAUAACGCCCAUGAAAGCCCUGUCAAAUACGUGUUUUUAGGUUCACGGUACAGAAGAAGGGUCAAACUAUCAAUAGGGUCAGAAAACUACCCCUGGAAACGCCCACAACGCCCACGAAAGCCUUGCCAAUUGUGAGUUUACAGAAGAAGGGUUAAACUACCACCAGGGUCAUAAAACUACCCCUGGAAACGCCCACAACGCCCACGAAAGACUUGUCCUAUGUGAGUUUACAGAAGAAGGGUCAAACUACCACCAGGGUCAUAAAACUACCCCUGGAAACGCCCACAACGCCCACGAAAGACUUGUCCUAUGUGAGUUUACAGAAGAAGGGUUAAACUACCACCAGGGUCAUAAAACUACCCCUGGAAACGCCCACAACGCCCACGAAAGACUUGUCCUAUGUGAGUUUACAGAAGAAGGGUCAAACUACCACCAGGGUCAUAAAACUACCCCUGGAAACGCCCACAACGCCCACGAAAGCCUUGUCAAUUGUGUGUUUCUUUAGGUUACAAGAAGAAAGACGGAAAUAUUGAGAUUGGAAAUAAAGAAGAAGAGGAAAAAGAAGAAGAGGAAGAAGAAAUAUUAGAGGAAGAAAGAGAGAAUUUGAAAUAAUGAGAAAAGGAAUUGUAUGAUAAGACAGAGGUGAUAAAUAGGGGGAAUAGAAGAGAAUUUGGAUUACAUAGAGAAGAAGAGGAAGAAGAAGAAGAAGAAGAAGAAGAAGAAGAAGAAGAAGAAGAAGAAGAAGAAGAAGAAGAAGAAGAGGAAGAAGAAGAAGAAGAAGAAGAAGAAGAAGAAGAAGAAGAAGAAGAAGAAGAAGAAGAAGAAGAAGAAGAAGAAGAAGAAGAAGAAGAAGAAGAAGAAGAAGAAGAAGAAGAAGAAGAAGAAGAAGAGGAAGAAGAAGAAGAAGAAGAAGAAGAACAAUGUCUACUCUAUUACACAAGAAGAUGAUGAUGAUGAUGAUGAUGAUGAUGAUGAUAGAGAUGGUGUCCUCCUCCUCCUCCCCCUCCAGGGCUCGUCGGUUCGCCCCCUCGCACCCAGACCCGUGGGCCGAGAGUUCGAGUCCCCCCGAGGCCCCCCAGGUUAACGCACAGACGAACGCACUCCCGAUCUACGCCAGCGCCCGCGAGCACGCACACACUGACCAUGAACCCAAAGCAGACACCACCACCACCUACACCACCACCACAUCCGACCACCACCACCACCACAACCACCCCCACCACCACCACCUCCCCCCCCUCUCCUCCCCCCUUCCCGUCCCCCUACGGAAUCAAAGCAGCAGGUUCUUCUCUGUUAAUAACUACGGCGGGACUCAAACGUUGGAUCUCGGGCUCAGCUUCACUGUUCCCUUCCUCUCAAUCCCUAUCGGAUCUCUCCUUAACCUCGGGAAUUCCCUCGGGACCUCAACCUCUUCGGCUAUGACCUCGCUCCUGGAUGUGAACUGGGGGUCGCUGAUCUACGUGGGGGCGGCUGUACUUCUAGCCAGCCUCCUGUUGCCCAAGCUCUCCGCCCUGCUGGGAACUGCGGUCACCAGCGGCGUUACGGGGUACUCUUCUUCCGGGACCACGAGCUUCGGGGGGUCAUCCUACGGGAGAGAUCUGAGCGCGGCCGCCCCAUUCACCGCCAUCAUAUCCCAGAUCGAAGAAGCUUUGUCAGAGUAUGACCUGGACGCCGACUCCUGCAUGUCCCGGGCCGUCUGCUCCUUCGUGUCGACCUCCGAUGCCAAGGUCAGAACGGGCACGGCGGACGGCACCCAACUCCUGGCUCUGGGACUGGCCAAGUCAAGAUGGGUGAAGGAGCUUAUGGGUGACAACAGCGUGACAAGAGCGAUUGAGAUGGGGCAGGAAGAUGGAGACUGCAGCAUCCAGUACCCGGAAUGCCCAGCGUCUCUGCCAGGGAUGCUGCGAGCCCUCAUCUCCCUGGCCACGUGAGGGAGAGAGGGAGAGAAGGGAGGAGAGAGAGGAGGAAAAUAGAUUGUAUAGAUGUAGUAGUAGUAGUAAUAGUAGUAGUAGUUGUUGUAUUAGAGAGAGAGAGAGAGAGAGAGAGAGAGAGAGAGAGAGAGAGAGAGACUAUAUAUAGGUUUGUCAACUAAUAAAUAAAAGCAAUAUUCUAGUUAUUAUUAUUAUUAUUAUUAUUAUUAUUAUUAUUAUUAUUAUUAUUAUUAUUGUUAUUGUUAUGUUUGCAUGUAUAAUAAACUGCUUGAAAAUGUUGUUAUUAUUAUUAUUAUUAUUAUUAUUAUUAUUAUUAUUAUUAUUAUUAUUAUUAUUAUUAUUAUUAUUAUUAUUAUUAUUAUUAUUAUUAUUAUUAUUAUUAUUAUUAUUAUUAUAAUUAUUAUUAUUAUUCGUCUCGUCAUUGUAAACAUUUUAUCUUUUAGUAUUUUUGGGGCAUUUAUAAAAGUAAGAGUGAGUGUGUGUGUGUGUGUGUGUGUGUGUGUGUGUGUGUGUGUGUGUGUGUGUGUGUGUGUGUGUGUG